AGAAGAAAAAGGCGGAAGUUAGCAACGCUUCGACAGAAAAAAAGACGAAGGCGACGACGUGUAAUUGAGUUGGAAAGAUUCAAAAUGUUGAAGAGGUUGAUAGAAGAGCGACUAAUGGCGGCGGCUGAUGAAAUAUUCGCGCAGUUCGAAAGAACGAUGACGUCGUACGAGGAGCAGCUUUCUCGAACUCGAGAGGAGAAGGAGCGAUAUCGACAACAACUGGAAGCUGUUGCUAGCCAGACUGGAAUUAUUCUACAAACUCCAGACAUCCAGCAGCUAAUUGGUCAUCAGGAAGAGCGUCUCCCUCAACUAACAGAAGGGAGCACCACUUUGAAGCAGGAAGAGCCACCGUCCUCCCACAUAAAAGAGGAAGAGGAGGAACUCCAUAUACCUCAGGAGGGAGUGUGCCUUCUAGGUCCAGAGGAGGCUCACCUUACGGAUGUUUCUGUAAAGACCGAAAACGAUGAAGAGCAACCACAAGCAGACAACCUCUUAGCUCCACUAUCAGAUAGUGAUGACAUAACGUCACACUCUCCUGAAGAUGAAGACCGAUUCGAUGCCCAAGAGCCUUCGAGCAGCGAUACAGACUGUGAAGGUGAUAUGAAGACUCACACAGGCAACAAACAUUCUGAAAAGUCCAAAAAAAAGCCAAGUAAAAAUCGGUUUGCUUGCUCAUUUUGUGCUAAAGGUUUUUUUUAUAGGAGCUAUUUGGCUCGACAUAUGAGAACGCACACAGGAGAAAAACCCUUUAAAUGUUCGAUUUGUGAUAAAAGAUUCUCUCACAAUGUCUCUGUGGUGUCCCACAUGAGAACACACACGGGAGAAAAACCUUUUACAUGUUCCGUUUGUCAUAAAACAUUCUCUCUUCAGAUACACAUGUCGACACACAUGAGAAUACACACACGGGAAAAACCUUAUAGAUGCUCGGUUUGUGACAAAAGAUUCACUCAAAGGCCACACAUGCUAUCACACAUGAGAAAGCACACAGGGGAAAAACCUUUCAGCUGCUCGGUUUGUGAUAGAAGAUUCACUCAAAAGGCACAUAUGCUAGCACACAUGAGAAAACACACUGGAGAAAAACCUUUUAGUUGCUCCAAUUGCGUUAAAAGGUUUUCUCGUAAAAGUGAUUUCACUCGACACAUGAGAACACACACUGGAGAAAAACCCUUUAGUUGUUCAGUGUGCGAUAAACGAUUUACUCAGAAAGAAACUGUGGACUCGCACAUGAGAACACACACAGGAGAAAAACCCUUUAAGUGUUCAAUCUGCGAUAAAAGGUUCACUAACAAUGCGUCACUCUUGUCGCACAUGAGGACGCACACUGGAGAAAAACCCUUCAGAUGUUCCGUUUGUCUUAAGACGUUCUCACACAGCGGAACGAUGGUAUCGCACAUGAGAACACACACAGGUGAAAAGCCUUUUAGUUGUUCAGUUUGUGGUAGAGGAUUUGCUCAAAAGUCGAACAUGGCAUCGCACAUGAAAACACAUGCAGGAGAAAAAGCCUUUCGGUGUUCACAUUGCACGAAAACAUUCACUCUGCACGAAACCUUGAUGUUACACCUGCGGACACACAAUGUAGAGUAAACGUCAUGUUGAGUUUCUGCAAAAGAAUUGUCAAAACAUAAAAGUAUUAUGUUAAGUGUAAUGAUCACACAUGAGGACUGAUUAGUCACCUAGAAUUGUAUGAUCUGUUGGGUGUAUAAUACCAGAUUCCCCCAUGAGUUCCAAGUUAGUGUGCCGCUAAGAACAGCAGUACCCAACUUUAGAUUCUGACCUUUUCACUAUCUCAGGCUGAUUGGUUGAGAAGAAAAUUAAUGAUUAAAUGUUGACAAUGUUUUGUCAACAGGGGUGCCCAAAAAGUAUAUCCACAUAGGAAUUGGGAUUCUUAUUCGGAAAAUAUCUCUGAAUCCAUCCAAAAUGUGCGCUUAUUUGCUGCGUCAGGUAAUGGUCUACGCCGAGUUUUGCCCCAGCAAGUGGUGGGUCCAGCGAGCUGCUAAAAUGAGCAAGCUAGCUUCAGAUAUGGUUAAUGUUUCUGCAUGAACGAGAAAGAAAUACAGUCAGCAACAUCUACGCUGAGGCCAACUAUUCAGGCGCACUUUGGAUUCUCUGAAGGAGAGGCAAUAUGGCCUAAAGUCUAGAUCACAAUAUAUAUUAAACCUUCUCCAAUAGUGAUGUAUAUAACAAUAUAUAAAUGGCACCAAAACUAUUUCAAAAGGGGUUAAAAAGGCUCCUAAUUUGGCUGACCAACUGUGCGGUAAAUUUCUGGUUGAAUUAUUUUGUCAAAGCUAUUAUCAAUCUCCUUGUUAUUUUACUGUUAAAUAUGUAUGUUCACCUUCAUUAAAUAUGCGAUACCUGAAGUGGUGGUCAAGCGUUUGGGCGACAUUUUGCCUUUCUCGAUGAAAAAUGCCCCACAAUUGCAUUUUUUUAGGCUGUUGGACCAGUUCAAAUCGCGAAAAGGAUACAAGUUUCUUUAAAGUACCUCGAGAGGUAAUCAAGAAGGGCAAACGAGUGCAAGAUUUUACAGGGAAAACCAAGCAAACUUGCAACAAUUGAUUGAUUGAUUGAGACUUUUAUUAGUAGAUUGCAAAGUGUAGUACAUAUUCCGUACAAUUGACCACUAAAUGGUAACACCCGAAUAAGUUUUUCAACUUGUUUAAGUCCACGGUAAUCAAUUCAUGGUAAACAUGGUAAACAACUAGGCAACAUGGCCAAAACUUUCCGUCUUCUUCCACAACCAGCCAGGUCUUCAGUGGUGUCUCCGAUGAUCUUUAUGAGUGGUUAUCAUUAUGAAAAAAUGGAAAAAUAGCAAAUUAAGGCUAUCGAGUGCGACUUGCAGUUUGUUUUCUCCUCGCGAGUCGCAAAGUUAAAUCAUGAAAGGCAAACUUCCCCGAGCAAAAAAACGAUGCAUAAUUAAUUUGUUUGACCCAGGCGCACACACAGAAAGCUUAGACCUCCAUGCUUUUCCAAGUUUUCAUCUGUGUUGCCGGGUAGAAUAUGGAGCACCAGAUAGUUCAACCCGUCUGGGAGCACAACCGACGGUUCACUCGACAAACCUUUUUUUUUUGAUAACGUAUAGCAGUGGUUCUCAAAUGGGGGUACGCGUACCUCUGGGGGUACUUGAAGGUAUGCCAAGGGGUACGUGAGAUUUUUUUUAAAAUGUCUGUCAAAAAGAACUGUGAAAAGAAAUGCAACAAUGCAAUAUUCAGUGUUGACAGCUAGAUUUUUUGUGGACAUGUUCCAUAAAUAUUGAUGUUAAAAAUUUCUUUUUUUGUGAAGAAAUGUUUAGAAUUAAGUUCAUGGAUCUCUAUUACAAUCCCCAAAGAGGGCACUUUAAGUUGAUUACUUCUAUGUGUAGAAAUCUGUAUUUAUAAUUGAAUCACUUGUUUAUUUUUCAACAAGUUUUUAGUUAUUUUUAUAUAUUUUUUUCCAAAUAGUUCAAGAAAGACCACAACAAAUGAGCAAUAUUUUGCACUGUUAUGCAAUUUAAUAAAUCAGAAACUGAUUACAUAGUGCUGUAUUUUACUUCUUUAUCUCUUUUUUUCAACCAAAAAUGCUUUGCUCUGAUUAGGGGGUACUUGAAUUAAAAACAUUUUCACAGGGGGUACAUCACUGAAAAAAGUUUGAGAACCACUGACGUAUAGGGAUCGAUUCCAUUGCAUUGUUAGAUUUUAUUUAUUUUUUGCUCAUAUCUGCUUUAGCGGUAAGAUCUAGGCCUCUUGCGUACUCCGCACAGUAGUCAUAUUGGUUUGGUUGACCACCACUUUGUUCGCUUGAAGUAAACAUCUCAGAAAAAGUCACGUGAUUGAAUACAAAGAAUACAUUGGUUACUUUUUUGUUAUAACCUUUUUAUAUCUACACUUUUUGUUUAAAUGUAUUAAGCACUUAUUUUACGUUAGGGUUAGGCAAUAACACAAAUGUGGCUAUUGUUUCAGCACCGAGUAGUUAUAGGGGCAGUGUUGGUCAUACUAAAGUUGAUACUGUCAGGUUCAAACACUGAUAUCUAUUAAAUAAGACAAGAGGCAAAGAAUUAAACAGAGGAAGAAUGCAAUUUGGACUCAAUUGAGGAGAGUCGCCUGUACACUGUACCCUUGUACAGUAUCUCAGCACGCUCUGGUGAAAGAUUGUACUCCUCCUUCUUUAUUUGACUUACUCCGACCACAUGACCACAGCUGCUUCCAGAGGGAAGUGGGUCGUAAACAGCGUUGCCUUUGGUUACCGAACAGUUCAAAAGAAGAGGUCGUAAAAUAGUUCAAAAAGACGUUCGUAAAACAGUUCAAAAAAGGAGAUGCAAGAAGAGGUCGCCUGGAGGAGAGUCUGGUCCUGCUUCCUCUCCGCUUUGAAGUCCUUGGGUUAGAACAAUAUAUUUCUGUUGAUUACCAUACAUGAAAGAAAACAGAACACCUUAAUUUUGCUCCCCCCCCCUACACAGUGGAGUUUUACGAGCCUUACUCUUGGUAGGUUCCAAAGACAGCUUCUGUCUUCUCACCAGACACUCAAAGUUUUUGUGAUAACAUACAAACAAUUAUUCUAACAUACUGAUUCUUCAAAUUUUUAAGUUCAAAUUUUUGAUCACAAUUUUAUCCAUCCAUCUAUCCAUUUUGUACCGCUUGUCUCCAGGGCCAAUUUAGUGUUGCCAAUCAACCUAUCCCCAGGUGCACGUCUUGAUCGGACAAAACACACAACAUGACGCACAAAAAUAGUGUAGCAUGUUAGGCUGUUCGCGUGGUUUGCUUGUCGCUGUCAAAUUUGCGAGAAAAAGAAUGUCACCGACACGCAUCGUCGCAAUAUGACGUCCGUAUCAAAACCUCUUAUCAUCAGCCGAAUGUUUUAUCGCACAACCCUAAAAAACAUACAAAGAGCGGUCAAUUGCUUACCAAAAAAAAAUAAAAAUAAAUACAGCAUCAUCUCACCGACAUAACACAACCCAUGUCCAAAACUCAAACUCAACCGUACGUUUCUGGCCUUCACAAUAAAAGUCCUGCAUGCUGCAUCCUCUCUAACAGAAUAAAAGUCCCAGAAAAGAACCUUACACAAGCUACGAUGUUACCUGAUAUGAACAUAAGUAAGAAACUUAAACCCUUAAACACUUUAAAAAAAAAGACCCCCAAUGUCACAUUCAAAGUUAUCAGCAACUACUGAUUCUAUUCAUUGGCACCCUUUGCUACUAAAGAGUAAUGAUCGUGAAUUGAGAAUCCAUUUUGAGUUGAAUCGUCACCCCAAGAAUUGUAAGUUAUUAUAUUUACAUCCCUUGUUGUUAAUAUUGUAAUACAUUUUAAAUAAGAUAUUUGCUUCUCUACUUGUACCAUUUUGUUUGGGUUGUGAUGCGCACAAUCUUUGUAAUAAAGAGUAUUUUGAUUGUG